AAAAAACACCCGUAGACAGGAAAAGAAACGCCUCCCUCUCCCCCGACCCUCCUUCUCUUGCGCCGCCGCCACUUGCUGGCUUCCUCUCUCCGACGUUGUCCCGAUUUGCCGCCGUCGCCUGUCCCUCUCCUACCACUCCGCCCCCAGCGCCGCCUCCUUUCCCCGUCGCCGCCUCCUCCCGGCGAACCGCAGCCCUCCAGAUCGGCGCCGCCCCAUCUUCUCCUCGCUAUUCUCCUGGCGCCGCUGAAGCCCUUCGCCUGCCCCGCCGGCGCCGCUGCUCCUCCGCCGCCGAACCUUGGCCUCCAUCUCCAUCACUCUUCCCAUGAAGCGAAGCAUGUGGUAGCGUGGAGGAAGGAGUUCAUGGACGGAGAGGUCGCGUGUGCGAUCGCCGAGGAAGAUCCAGCCAUCGCUUGGGAAGGAUGGUGGUGGUUGUUGUUGUGCGUGCGUCUAGCUUGUCGAGGAUCAGGAUUAGCAUCUCGUCAGGUAAGCUGCUGAUUCUGACCUCCUCGCAAUUGUGCUGUUGUGGUGGUAUCAAGGUUAUUGCCAUGUGUAUAUUAAUUAAUUAUGGGGUCCUUAAACUGAAUCCAUGAACUUGGAGGUAGGUAGUUAUGUACUAAUGUGCUUAAGAUGCUAUGCCAAUGCUUUGCACCUUGACGAAGAUUUAUAUCUUUUGUAAUGGCCGUGCUAACCUGAUAACAAACUAUUCUAAUCAAUGUAUGUAUGCACACAAAGAUUGUGGCUUUUAUUUUGAGCCAUUGAAUUGAGGGAGAAUGAACUUAAUUGUGGCUGACCUGAUCUGGAUUUCUUGAUUCCAUGUUUACUUUGAAAACUUGCCUCGGAUCCAACUGAUUCUUCAGAUGACUGUUUGUUCAAAGCACACUAUUUCCGUUUUCAGUGCAGGAAGGCAUAGGGAGAAGCUACAGAAGGUACUUUAGAAUUUUCAGAUGUUCCCUAGGAUAUAUGAAGAGGGUACAUGCUAGCCUAUCGGUUUUCAGUAGUCAGUUUUUUCAGAUGUUAUAUGAUUAUUUCCAUGUUCAUAUUCCUGCAGUUGAGCGUGAUCCUGUUUGUGCCAUGGAUAACCUCUAUACAUAGAGAAGGGCUACAAUAUAUUUAGUGGUAAGAGCUGCGCAGGAUUAUUGGCUAUUGUGAGGAGGUUGGCAACAAGCAUGGCCUACAUUCCUCGCAAAAAAAAACAAGCAUGGCCUACAUGGAUCAGUAUCCUUCAUAUCCUUCAGGUUGGACAUGGGAGCUUAUCAUAGUGAGUAGCAGUAUAGGUUAUAAUCAGUUUCAAGAGUUCUUUUUCAUAUGAAUUGCUGUAGGUGUGUCAUUGUUAUCAUAUACGUCUGGUUUAAUCAUGGAGAUCAUCAUUUCUCUCAUUGUAAACAUGUGAAAUGAUUGUUCAGUUACAUGUGACAUGCUUAGACCAUAUAUACAUUUAGCCAUGCAAUUACGAAGUACAUGAGAACAGUACUUUGAUAAAUGUGUAGUAUUAUUCGCUUGUAUUCUUGUGUAUGUAAUGCAAAAUAGUAAAAUAUGACAGUGAUCAUCUGAAGUAAUAAGUAGUCGUUUCAUUUGUGGGCAUACAUUUUAUUGUCAGUUUGAUUGCCUUAUGUUCUUCCGGUUUUCGUAGGUAUGGUGGGGAAUUUCUUUUGCUUGCUACAGUAGGGGCACAUCUUUAUAUUUUACCUGACUAACUUUUGUUCCAAAUGAUAACUUGUCUAAAAACUGUGUCCUAUUAUAAUGUUGUUCAUGCAAAUAUUUUUGCUGGUUUGAAUAUAUAUCGUCAGGAACAAAAGAAUAAAGCAUAUACUGAAACUGUUUGGCAUUUUCCUAUACUGUUUACAUAUCUCUACAUUAAAUGAUGAGCUUAUGUUUAAAGUUAUGCUGGUCCUUCUUCAAUCUUCUCCAAUGUUGUGGUUUCUGAAGUCUUAUUAAAGUUUCUAUAUGUAUGUAGAUAUUGUCAUUUAAAAUACACAAGAGUGGUUAUAUUACUGUAGGUACCAGAUUACCAGUCCAUUACAACCUUCAACAAAUGAGUUGUUCAAAAGAAAGUUCUGAGAAAGUGGUACUUUCAGUUAUUCGUGUAGUCAAAGGAAUACUUUUGCCACUAAUUUACCAAAAUAGAACUACACAAGUACUACCUUGCCUUGUCAGUAGUAGAAGCUUUUUUUUUUUUCUGAAGUGGGCACAGGUCUCAGGUAAAUUCUCGAGGUUAGUUUGUUCAUGUUCUUCGGUUAACUUGCAUUCUGUAACGCCGAUUUUAUUUUGCACGAAUGCCAGGCCAUUUUUAGUGAACAAAUUGGAGCCACAAUAUCUACUUGAUGGCCGCAGAAAAGUAUAUGAGUUAUUGUCACUGAAAAAUUCAUUCACUUCUUUGUUACUCAAUAGAACAAUCUUCAUAUUUUGAUCAAAAUCAAAUACUCCAGGGUAAUUUAUCUCUUUUAUCUGUACAAUAUCCUUGUACACAGCAGCGAUCUUUUUUUGCAUGCUAUCAAGUUAGUGGUUCAUUAUAUUGGUCAUGGUAGGAAGCUCUUGACUGAAGGGGAUGUACAGUUGAGCCACAUGUUUUAGAGGUAGGAAAAUUAGUUUUAUGCUAUCAAGACUUGAUGAGUUCAUCUUUUCAGCCUUCCACUGUAGGAAACUGAAAGAUGCCCGGAACAAAUGCAAAAUGUACCUAGAAAAGUGCACAAAUGAACGAAUGUUUUAUUUCUCGCUAUUGAUGCAUAAUUUUUUUUGUUGAAAACGAUUCUCUUUGUAUUCAUCGGCCGCAAAUCUCUAAUCAUGUAUACAUUAUUGUUGUCCGCAAAUCUCUAAUCAUGUAUACAUUAUUGUUGUUUUUAUCUUUCCGUUGCAACGCACGGGCACUUAGCUAGUUCCUAAAAAAUGUCUAAAUACAUAUAAUAUUUCGACAAGAAUUAUGAAACGGGGGAUUACCAUGCAAGAAAAAUAUCCAUUGCAUGUCUAGUUUUUUACUUAAGUAUGGCCACAUGAGGGAGUAUUUCUUUUUCGUAAGAAAAAUUAUGUUUUCAUUUUGUAAAUUUCCAUUGCAUGUCUAGUUUUUUUUUCCUCCUGUUUUACUGAAGUAUGGCAGUAGUACCAUGUAAGCAUUCUCUAUACAUUCCAUUUAUAAGACGUUUGGAAGAGAGCGAGCAUUGUUAUAGCUGCGAGAAACGAAAUCUGCGGGCAAUGCCUCAAACUAACCACGAGCGACUGACUACCGAUUCGCUAGUUCGCCACCUCUUUUAUGCUUAAGCCGAAGGGCUGGAUCCACUCUCCCUUUUGCUCCGAAGCCAAAAACCUGCCUGCGACGCGACAAGACAACACAUCACACGCGCUAAUCUGAAAUUCCGGACCAAAUAAUCGGUCAGCUCGUGGCGCCAGCCAGUCCUCCUGCCAUGGCCGGCUCCAACGCGGUGCUGGCCGCCAUCCUCCUCGCCGACGUCCUUGCCUUCGCCCUCGCCAUCGCCGCCGAGCAGAGCCGCCCCUCGGCGAGCCUGGAGACGGACGCGCGGAACGAGUGGACCUACUGCGUCUACCGGCCGGACGCGGCCACGUGGCUGGGCGGCGCCGCGCUGGUCCUGCUGCUCGUGGGCCAGGCCGUGACCGCCGCCGCCAGCCGCUGCUUCUGCUGCGGCGCCGCCCUCCGCCCCAGCGGCACCCGCGGCUGCGCCCUCAUGCUCUUCCUCUCCUCCUGGCUGACAUUUAUCAUCGCGGAGGCGUGCCUGCUGGCCGGGCUGGUGCAGUCCGCCUACCACACCGGCUACCGCACGGUGAUAUUUGAGGACCCGCCGGACUGCGAGACGGUGAGGCGGGGCACGUUCGGGGCUGGUGCGGCCUUCGCCCUGGUCACCUGCGUGCUCACCGGGACCUACUACCGCUGCUUCUCCAAGGCGCGGGUGAGCUACCAACGGCCGGAGGCUGCCAUCGACAUGAGCCGGUAUAGCUGAAGAGUGGUGCGCCGUGGAGGCUGCCCAAACAAACUAUGCAAUGCAUUUGGAAGGAACCAUUCAUUCACCAUUGUACUACUGAAACAGUUUUGACAAACUUGGCUGUAAUGUUUUCAUAUGUGUUCAGUUGCUCCUCGAAACAAUGGCUCGCUAAUUAAGGUCCUCCAUCUUUUUGCUCAA